AUGGCUCGCGGCUCCAUCUUCAAGGCCAGCCUGUCUCCCGAGCAACUCGAGGUCGAGCAGCGGCUGCGAACCCUCGCGCUGAUGCUCGUCGGCCUCGCCGUGAUCGCUUGUGGGCUCUAUUACCUCGAGGGAAUCCUCAUUCCGCUCGUGCUCGCGCUCGCCCUGACUUACACGCUCCAGCCGAUGAUCGACCUGCUCUCCAAGCGUCCGCUGCACCUCUGCGGUCGCAAGUUCUUCGCGCAGCAGCCGGCCGCGAUCAGAGCGGCGCGGCCGAUGCUGCGUCCCUUCUACGAGCUGGUCUACCUCGCAAAGCUGCCCUGGUGGCUCGCGACGUGCAUCGCCGUCUCGGUCGCGGUCGCCGUGCUCGUGCUGGUGGGCCUCGGCUUCCUGGUGGCCGACUCGGCGGACGCGUACGCGAAGCGGAUCGAGGACCUGACGGCGGGAGCUCUCAACUACAUGGACGAGGAGAGCUCCUCCUCUUCCAGCUGUGCCCUAGUGAGCUCCUCCUUCCAGCUGUACCUCAACGUGUCGGUCGUCGUGCCCGCAAACGCAACUUCGGUCGAGGUGGCGGCAGUGUCGCACCGCAAGCGAAUCGAGCAGAUUGCCAAGAAGAUCCCGGCGGCCGACCUGUCCAUGUCAUCACCUCGGUGCUGCUUUUCGCCGUCUACCUCCUCGUCGGAUCGGCGACCUCCGCAGCGGACGAGGCGCGCCCAAGUCACGACAGCUGCGCCCGACGAGGAGGCGCGCGGCGAGCAGGGCGGCGCGAGCGGCGCCACGCCGCCGAGCGGCUUCUGGCUCAACUUCGUGCCCGUCAUCGGGACGGUCUUCGCCAUCGCCCUUCCAAUGCCCAUCGUCUUGCUCGACCCCGACUUCAACCUCGCCCACGUCCUCGCCCCUCCGCUCCCUCCCGACGAAAUCAGCCGAGAUCGGCCGAGAUCACGCGAGGCCAACCCCCCGAGUGUAGGCAACGUGCUCGAGCCGUACCUGUUUGGAAAGACGCUCGACUUGUCGCCGGUCGUGAUCCUCUGCUCGCUGAUGGUGUGGGCCGCGCUGUGGGGCAUCACCGGCAUGGUGCACUGUCCCCCCCGGCGGUACCUCGCCGGCGUCCUCGCCGGCACCUCAAAGUCGCUCAUCUUCGCCGAGACCGCGCCCGACGGCGAGGACAAAGAGAAGCAGGAUGGCGACGGCGGCGGCAGUGACAACGGCGGGGGCGGCCCGCUCCCUCCACGCGGGGCACGGCCCCUCUGCGCCGAUGUGGAGGCCGUCGCCGAGAGGAGCUCGCAGAACGCCGUCUCCUCCGUUUGGCGCGGCGAAGAGCCGUACCAGCCCUACGCCGAGUCGCAAGGUCGCUCCGAGCCACGCCGCCGGGCGCAGGUCCAUCCGGCCGUCGAGGGCUAA